AUGGUUACCCAAGAUUCCCCUUCAAAUCCAACAGAACCAUCAUGUAAUCUGCAACAACUUGGGACCCAAAACUAUGAUGUUUUCCCACCUGAUUUAGGCAGCAAUGCUCAGUUUCUUGGUGGGAGAAUGCCUAGAUCCACCAGACAUUUUAUGGAUCUUCUUGGAGCCUCAAAUGAUGUCCAUAACCAAGCACAAAAGCUCUCACUUUCUUUGGGCUCUUGUUCCUUGUUCCCCCCUUCUGUCCAAUGUAGGGAGACAUCCUUAAACCAGAACAACAACAUCAUGAAUCCUGGAUUCAUGAAUUACUCUCUUGCUGGAGGAAGUUCAGCCCUCGCGGCUCCAAUUGCUGAUUCGAAGUACUUUAGGCCUGCCCGGGCACUUCUCGAGGAAGUGGCGAGUGUUGGUGGGCAGGACACGGGGGUCAGAUACAAGAAAUUGAUGAGGAGAUUGUCGCGAAACAGCAAGAAUGGCUCGUUGGGGGUUCGGUCUGCUGUGAGACUAGACUUCCCUACUAAUGAACUUGAAGCUAAGAUCAUGAAGUUGAUAACCAUGUUGGAAGAGGUGGAGAGGAGAUAUGAGCAGUACUGUCAUCAAAUGGAGGAAUUGGUGUCAUCGUUUGAGGCGAUAUCGGGGAAAUCAUAUAUGGUCCUCGCCCUCGAGGCCAUGUCCAAACACUUCUGCAGCUUGAGAGACGCAAUCAUAGCCCAGAUAAACGCCACGAGGCGAAGAUUAUCAGAAGAAACUCCAACCAGAGAGCUGCACUCACAUUUCAGCCUUUUCCCCCCAUCAUCAGAGGCUGCCAUGCUUCAGAAACUCUCCCUUCAACACCUUGGAUUGAUCCAGAGCUCCCGGCAGGCGUGGCGCCCAAUCAGAGGCCUGCCUGAGACCUCCGUCGCCAUUCUUCGCGCUUGGCUGUUCCAACACUUCCUCCACCCAUACCCAAAUGACUCAGAGAAACUAAUCUUGGCAUCCCAGACAGGCCUGUCCAAGAAUCAAGUUUCGAAUUGGUUCAUAAAUGCCAGAGUGCGGCUGUGGAAACCCAUGAUUGAGGAAAUGUACAAAGAGGAGUUUGCAGAAUCAUCUUCAGCUGAUGAAUGUGAUAAUCUGUUUGGUGGGUCGAGUUCGAGUACAAGAAGUUCAAGAACAGCAACACAAGGAGCCAUGAAUUCUGCAGAGGAAUGAACACAUCCAAACACAUCAUUCAAAAUCUAAGAUGAAACCUCAAUCAAGCUUACAUUUUGCCCACAUUUUUCUUAUCUUAAUGGCGUUUGCUCUUCUUGGUUUAGUAUAUUUUGCAGAAAAUCUAUGAUCUUGUAAUGUCAUAUAUAUGAUGACAUCCCAACAACGGCUGCACUCUGUUUUUCUUAGUUCAAGAGUAUUGUA